CCAUUCCUAUCCAUUUACUCGCAUUCAUUUCUUGCACUAGGGAAAGAAAGAAAGGGCAAAAAAAAAAAAAAGAAAAAAGAGAAAGCAUGGAAACUUGCUUUCUAUCCUGUAACUCAUUUACCAAAACCAUUGAGCUUGUCCCCUCUAUCCAAGCUAGAGUAUUCUCCUACCCCAAGAGAAGUCCUGCUCAUUUUCUUUCCAAAAAACUUGGUCUUUCAUCUUCUGUAACAUGUUGUCAUUUAUCAUCAUCGUCGUCAUCGGCUGGUGAUGAAAGCCAGCCUUACCUUGAGGCUGACUGGCGGUCAUUUAGAGCAAGAUUAGUGGCUAAUGAACAAGCAUUUAGACCCAAUAUUGAGACUUCAUCAAUGGUGGAUCCUGAUACUGCUGUGGAAGUAGAUCAUCCACUACAAGUCAAAAUUGGAGACAAAUGGGCCCAUCCCAUCCAUGAGCCUGAAAAGGGUUGCCUACUAAUAGCCACAGAAAAGCUUGAUGGGGUUCAUAUUUUUGAACGAACGGUGAUCCUUCUAUUAUCAGUGGGGCAUGUGGGCCCAUAUGGGAUAAUACUCAAUCGGCCAUCUCUUAUGUCCAUCAAGGAGAUGAGAUUAACGGUGCUAGAUGCAUCUGGGAUGUUCUGUGAUAGGCCAUUGUUCUUUGGUGGGCCUUUGGAGGAAGGGUUAUUUUUGGUGAAGCCAGAAAGUGGAUAUGAUAAUGAAAUGGUGGGCAAGAGUGGGGUAUUUGAACAAGUAAUGAAUGGACUGUACUAUGGGACUAAAGAGAGUGCUGGUUGUGCAGCUGAAAUGGUGAAGAGAAAUGUGGUUGGAAUAGGGGAUUUUAGAUUCUUUGAUGGGUAUUGUGGGUGGGAAAAAGAGCAAUUAAGAGAAGAAAUCAUUGCUGGCUAUUGGACAGUUGCAGCUUGUAGUCCAAGUGUAAUUGCUCUUCAAAAUGUAGGCACUCGUGGGCUAUGGGAAGAGGUCCUUGGGCUUAUGGGCCCAAGAAAGGUUUGGUGACACCUUAUUGAUAGAUCAUGUUGUUUUGGUUAGGGCAGAAAUGGGAGCUUGUAAAUGGUGUUACCAAAAUAUAACACUCCAUUAUAUGUUGAAAAAUGUAUGAGAAUUAAUUGUAAUAUAUCACUUGGUAUGCCAAUGACAUCCAAUUUCUUAGCUUUAUUUUUAA